ACUGUUAUUGUUCUUCUCCACUGGAAUGAUCAUUAGAUGCAGUUACACUUAUUACUCCUGUAUUUAUAGUGUUUUCAGCUACUCAACUAUUAAUAAAGGACACACAUACAUUUAUUCCUCCUUUCUUACAAACAGAGAGUGACAGAGUUCAUAAGUCACAUAAACAACAUCAUUCAUUCAUAACAUUUAUUCAGUAGUGAUUAAUUACCAAAGCAGCUCAUUUCCUUCAUCAAAAUAUGUCUCCUGUUUCUCCACAGCUGCAGCAGUUCAGAUGAUUUUACCCUCAGAACCAAAGAGCAGAGAAGAUUUUCUGUACUAUUUCUGUGAUCUGACUCUGGAUCCCAACACAGUAAAUUAUGACCUCAUUCUGUCUGAGAAGAACAAAGUGGUGACACACAGUAGGACAAAGCAGCCGUACUCUGAUCAUCCAGAGAGAUUUGACUACUAUGAGCAGGUGUUGAGUAAAGAGAGUGUGUGUGGACGCUGUUACUGGGAGGUGGAGAGGAGCAGUGAGGAGUAUGUGUUCAUAUCAGUCUCAUAUAAAGACAUCAGAAGGAAAGGACGGGGUGAUGAGUGUUGGUUUGGACGCAACAAUCAGUCCUGGAGUCUGCAGUGUUCUUCUUCUUAUCUUAGUUUCUAUCACAACAACAUUAAAACUGAUCUGAAAGUUUCAUCAUCCUCCAGAAUAGGAGUGUAUGUGGAUCACAGUGCAGGAACUCUGUCCUUCUACAGCGUCUCUGAUACGAUGAAGCUCCUCCACAGACUCCACACCACAUUCACUCAGCCUCUAUACGCUGGAUUCUAUCUGCAUUAUUAUAGUACAGUUAGAUUAUGUGAUCAAAAAUUAAAUAUUAGAAAUGACAUAUUGUUUCAUGAAAAGUAGAAACUUUACAUUUUUAUUAAAAUAAUAUUUCAAAGAAGCAACAAGUCGUUUAUUUUCCAUUUCCAACAUUUUAUUUUCCAUCAGAAUUUUUUUUCCAAAUAAAUUUUGAAUCAAUCAGAUUGAGAAUUUUUGCUGAAUCAGAAUCAGAAUGAAUCAGAAUCUGGUUUCAGUCAGAAUCGGUGUUAGAAUUGUGUUUCAGUGAUCAGGUACACGAGGGUACAGGAAAUUUGAUGGUGAACUCUGUGUUGAACUUGUUUGCAGUACAUGUUGCAGUAAGAUACACUGCUGAUGUAACACACGUUGGCUAUGAAUACAAGUGGAUACAGUACACUAUACAGCUGUACAUUAAACAAGAAGAGUAUGCAGUCUAAUGUCACAGGAACAUAUGUAUGAGAAAAGUGUGUAAGUCUUAAAUUAAAGCUUAUCACUGCUA